GCUAGUGCCCCUGGCUGUCUCAUGUCGCAGAAAAUGUCGGGCCAAAAGCUGACGGUUGGUCGACAAAGACUGGAAUCCGGUCGUUUUAAUAUUCAUCACACACCCGGUGGCCGUCCAAUGUCGACUUGAUAUGGCACAGCUACUUGUCGCUUGCCUUACCCCAGACCUGGUCGGGGCCCGUGCGUGGCCCGAUGGCGGGGCGAUGUGGAACAGGCGGUGCCGCACACCCUGGGCCUGGCGUCUCGAAUUCGCAGACCUCCUCGACCACCUCCGACAGACAUGGUUCCAUCCACGUCGAUCCGACACGAAUCGCACAGGCGUCGCGCCCACCCCUUUCCCAAGAGAGCCUCAACAUGGCACCAUGUGCCAGCAGUGCCAGCAACUCGAUAUGCCUCUUCCUACCAAGCUGUACACACCUCCUUGCCCCUGAUAAUCUGCAAGCACCCGGCUUGCCAUGCCUCUUUCCAGUUUCCAGCUUUUGUCUGUACUCCGUAUCUCUGUCGUUCUUUUAUUUUUAUUUUUAUAGUCAUUCCCUUAGCUCAACAGCCCACAGCUCAGGUCAUUCUGGAAGAUCCUGGCGGAUCUUGAUCUACGUUGCAUUUUGAUACCCACUUGGGCCUUCUGUCGUUUCUGCUCCCCUGCUACCCGUCGUUUAAUCCCUUGGUCUCGCCCCUGCCUAGCCUCUGGCAGCUUUUCGCUUCUUCUCCUUUUCCCUUCUGUUUCCUCACCUACACUCUCUUUUGGUGAUGAUCUUUGGACUUGGUUAGGAACCAUCCACUGUGACUUCCUUGCCUUGACUGGGCAGGUCCCGCUUUCUGUUCACCCACUCUCUUUAACACUAAUUUACAAUUCUAUCGACGAAUACCCCGAUCCGACUCGACGCCGGACAAACACACGCACGAAGCAAUAAUAAUACUGGGACGACCAACACACAAACCGACAAUGAUUUGGCAAAGGACAUUGGUGGCUUCGCUCCUGGCGAUGGGGGCCCAGGCUGGAAUUGGCGACAUGGUGGCCGAGGGCAUGAUGAGGGGGAGUCCAUCCGUCGAGAGGAGGUUACAAGAAAUCGCAAAGGCAAACAUCUUGUCAAGAGGAUACAUGGAGAUCAGGCAAGCACCGGGACUGUCAACGGGCAUUGGCAGCAACACACCCGUGAAUCCUGACGGGACCGUCGACAUGGAGAGGUGGAAUGAGGAAGUCAACCAAGCUUGCAGAGACUCGCUCGAAACUCUCAACGUGGCCUCGAACCCAUCAGGCGCCUGCAUCUGUUACAACCUCCCCGUCCUCAACAACGUCACAGGCACCUUCGAAGCCGACCUGAGGCUUUUCCAAAUUAGCCCACCAACCGGUGACUUUCAGGGCAUUCCGCAGGAGCAGAUCAACGUUGCACUGAGUUACAACGGCGCGUCGGUCGCCGAGAAGGAGGGAGGCGCUGCUCGACAAGGCCCAGAACCAGCCGAGGAAGGGAGGCUGCGGCUACUCCGGUCGUUCCUGUUUGUUGGUCGGAUCAACAAUGAUGCAAUGGGAGGGGAGGAGAUUCCCAUGGCCCAACUGCAAGCUCUAGUCAUGCCCAUCGUCACGUUGUCCGCCGUCAACGCAGACGGCCAGACCGUGGCCACCAACGUGUCAGUGAACGAGGCCGCCUUCGUUUCUGGUGUCUUUUCGCAAGAGGUCGUCAUGAGUACCUUCCGCCUAGCCGAACUUGCUGUGGAGGAAGAAGUUGCUCGUCUCAAGAAUGGCACCACCGCUUUUGUCCUUCCCGGUGUGCAGCUGCUGAUUUUCCCCAUCGGUCUUAUCAUCACGAGCAUUUGGCUGGUCAUUGGUGUGGCUGCCUAUGGCAUGGGCACUUAUGCGCGGUACAACUUCCGGGAGUCUCACAGAAGGAUGGUGGCGAAGACACAGAAGGGGACCAUGGCUCGUUUUUAAGCCAUCGUUUCCCACUCUCCUUGAUACCAGCCGCUCGCUUACACCCUGGGGGCAGCACUUUGUCUUUUUCUGUCUGAGUUUUCUACGUCUUUCGCCAUCCUCACCUUGGUAUUUAUUACUGCCAUAUAAUGGGACUGAAGAUGCUCAGCCCAGACCGUAUAUUUUCUGUACAUACAUAUCCUCAUAGCGCUUGAGUUAUGGUGACAUUUGUUACCAGCUGAACAUAGAAUUAUUCCAAAGCAGCAGAACCACGUCACCUUAAUAAUGGUUAUGCCCGCAAGCAACCUCUAGCUCUCUUCCCUUAGUUUACUUCCAACCUAAGCCCUUCGCCGCACUCUCACCAUGAAGUCUUUGUUGCACGCCACGCCCCCUCGAUCAACAUAUUUGCCAGCCGAGACAACCUCAAAGUCAAACCUUCUCACAAUCUCGGGCAAAACCUUGUACAUCUCCAUCAUGGCAAUUUCCUUCCCCAGACAAACUCUUGGUCCCAUGCUGAACACGAAAUUCGCCGCCUCCAUCUCGGCUCGACGUUUCUCGUUGCCAUUAAGCCACCUCUCAGGCUCGAAAGCCUCGGCGUCGGGGCCAUACAACUCGGGAUCACGACCCACGACGUAUGGAUUGCUGCACACCUCUGCUCCUUGAGGAACAUGCACCCCGUCAAUGACGGUGCCGCCCUUUUCGAGAAUAAUGCGACCGAACAGAUUCGGAGCAGGAGGGUUGACUCUCAGUCCCUCCUUGAUGCAAGCAACAAAAUACGGCAGAUGCUGUUUGGUCUCCUCAUACAACACCGGCGUAGACAGCAAACCCUUCUCAUCUGCCACCUCGAUCUCCCUUCUUGCCUUUUUCAUACACUCGCCGUGCUCCAGCAUCAAUCUCAGCACCGCCCCGAGCCCGCUACCCGUUGUGUCUGCCCCGGCCUGGAUCAGAAGCGUGGCGUGGGCCUCCUUUUGCGCCCUGGUCAACGGCUCGCCGUUCCCAUCUCGUGCGUCAAAGGUAUAGUCGAGGUAAUCCCUCAUUUUCCCCUCCCCCCCGAUCCCUUGUUCUCGUUCUUGUUCCCGCUGGGCAACGGCAAGUUUGGCUUGUGAGGCCAGAUACCCGCUUCCCGUCUUGUCAUCCACCUUGGGCAUGAUCAAGCCCCUUAUCCACGGCGAUGAAAGAAUCAGCUCCCGGAAGCUGUUGCACCUCGCGGCGAAGGCAAACAUGGGGAGGGACUCGCGAAAGGCGGAUAAAAGCCGGCGCUCGUCACGGUCGUGGGCGAUGAAGCCCCAUGGUUUGCCAAACACGAGGAGGGUCAUGACAUCGGCGGCGAACUGGGCGAGCUUCUCACCCAUUUGGAAGGGCUCAUGAUCGGGUGGGAGGAGGGAGAGUUGGUUGACGAAGAAGGUGACGAGGUUGUCGAUGCGGGGUUCCUGGAAGGUUUUGAGGUAGGAGACGCUCCAGUGAGUGCCGCCGAGGGAUUUGCGGAGGGAUUUGUGGUCUUCGGCGGGUAUGGUGGAGAAGAGGGAGGUUGGGCCGAGGGCGCCGGUGCCGUAGAGGGAGCCCUUGUGGUUAUGGGUUGGGGACCAGUAGAUGGGUUUGAGGGAGGAGGCGUGGGGGAAGAAGAGGAGGGUGGGGGGGGGGUAUUUCUUGGUGAGGUUGUGGAGGAAUUCGGGCUCACGGCCGAGGAGGGAGAGGGCGGCAAGGGGGAGGGAGGUUAGGCGGGUGUAGAAUGGUGCUGGGAAGGAGGAGAGGGGGUGGAAGAAGAAGUUUGUGAGGAUACGGCGGAUGACCAGGCAGAGGAGGAGGGUUGGAGGGAGGAGGAGAAGUUGCGUGGGUGAAAGCAUGGUGUUGAUGCUCUACAGCCUCUAAUUAUGCCCGUAAUGCAAGCAGUGUAUCGGAUAUGCACCGUCUCGAUCGAGGGAAAUAGAGAGGGUUGAGGUCUUCUCACAGACUAAGAAUACCAAUCUACCACUGGGAGCAGAAGGACCUUCGCAGCCUGGGCGCCCACACCCAUUUAUUUACGACAACAUACAUUCCACAUAUUCAUUCAAGUCUCAAUUCUACUCGCACAUCCCGCUUCAGACAACUACCGGGGCUGGAUCAUUACAGAAUGGAGGAGCGGCUUGGGGCCUUAUUGGACGUCCCCUAGGAGGGACGCAUAUCUCCCGCACAACGGCCCGCCCAUCACCGGUCAAGGACUCGGGAGUAUUACCGAGUCAACCGGCGACAUGUGGAUGCUACCUGUACGACGUUGCGAUGUUUCUCCUCGGGCUGGGACCUGAUAUGCAUGUGAGCCCUUGUGCUACUCCAACGACUCCAAUAUUUAAAGUGGCUUGCUGCGUCCGGUCACGAGAGGAACCAUGUUUGCCAGCCUCACCAUCAACUAGAUAGAAUUGGACUCGUCGAAAAGGGGCAAAAAGGGGGCAUUACAUGUGGGGGUUAGGGUCUUUUGGCCUUGGAGAAGGGGGGGUUGCACUGGGGUGGAAUGAGUAGAGAUCAGGAGUCAAUUUCAAACCUUAAGAAAGGGCAAUCCAAAGAGGUUCUGCUGGUCAAUGUAAUAUCAC